GACCCCCUCAUGGGUGACCAUUUCACAUUAUUUUGGGAGCCCGAUAUGCUGGUUGAGCUUGGUAGUGCGUUCAAGAUCUUCGCCACGGAAGCAGUGACCUUUUCUAUCCAACAAGCCUUGGGCCACACCGUACUUGGUGCUUUGAUGGCUGGCUUGACUUUCCCUCUUGCUCUCACAAAAUUAGGUUACCUUGUAGACAAUCCUUGGACUAACGGACUCGAUCGCGCUCGUCUUGCAGGCCUUGUGCUGGCUGACUGUUUGAUGAACCGAAAUUUGGGUUCACGACCAAUCACUCUUGUAGGAUAUUCACUUGGAGCCCGCAUGAUCUUUUACUGUUUGUUGGAACUAGCGAGAAUGAAUUGUUAUGGUCUCGUUGAAAAUGUCGCACUUUUUGGCACCCCUGUGAGUGCCUCUAAGUCCCAAUGGAAUGAGUGUACUACUGUGGUUGCAGGAAAAUUUGUCAAUGGCUAUGCCACCAAUGACUGGUUACUCGGAUUCUUGUUCAGAGCUUCAACAGCAGGAAUCGGAAAUGUAGCCGGCUUAGGACCUUUGGAUAACAUUGAAUGCGACCGCGUUCAAAACCUUGAUUGCACUGAUCUCAUAAAGGGUCAUCUCAGCUAUCGUUUGACGAUGCCCAAGCUUUUGAAACGAGCUGGAUUUGUAGUAACUUCCGAAGAAUUACCAGAAUCCAAAGAAAAAGAAAAGGAGACAUCAAGUAUCCUGAGCUUUCCAUCUUUCGGAAGAAAUUCACCCUCAUCACAAGGAGAGGUAAGCCUUUUUUUUUUAAAAAAAAAGAAACCAUUAAUAAAAAAAAACUUGUCUAUGUCUACAUAA